AUGAGUGAAAAAUACGAGGUUCAGGUUUCUGAAAAACUCGGCAGGUACCUAGUCGCUGCUACAGAUAUAAAAGCUGGCGAGACUAUUCUCAGCGACAAACCGUUUGUAUUAGGCCCCAACAGUGAUACAUCGCUGGUAUGCUUUAACUGUUACCUACCGUUAAUCAGCAAAUUCUUCGUGUGCAAAUACUGUGCCGUCGCGCCCAUAUGCCCGGGAGACGGGUGUCCUGAACAACUUUCUAAAUGGCACAGUCAAUCGGAAUGCGACUUCUUUAGAACUCUCAAACUUACAAAAGGCCUCAACCCAAUGACCAUGGUACAGAAUGUGGGUUCUCUGCUUGUACUUCGAGUGGUUUUGAAGAAAGACUUUGACAAGGCAGCCUUUGAAGAGUUUAUGCAACUCGAAACGCAUUUGGAUAUGAGAAGGAAUACCUGUGUUUGGAAGUUUUGUGAAAAUACUGCAAAGUUUAUUCGAUCUUUGGGUGUGCUUGAGGAUAUAGACGAUGCUGAUUUCAUUCAAAAAAUCUGUGCAGCAAUCGAUGUAAACAGUUUCGAAGUAAGAGGACCACCUGUACCGGCCAUAGGUUGCUCUGAGCUCCUGCGUGGGGUGUAUUUAAAGGCAGCCUUGAUGGCCCAUGACUGUCUGAGCAAUACUCACGUGGCUAUAAACGACAAGAACAUUUUAGUAUGUCACGCGAGUACUGAGAUUAGGAAAGGGGAGACAAUAUACUACAAUUAUACAGAUCCGUUAAAGGGCACAAAGCUACGGCAACAACAUCUAGAAGUCGGUAAAUAUUUUAGAUGCGCAUGCAAAAGAUGCCAAGAUGUAUCAGAAAUUGGCACAUACAUGAGUUCAGCUCUUUGUCCUGGAUGCAAAACAGGAUACAUCUCCCCGAGUUGCGAGAUGUGGACAUGUCACAGCUGUAAUUCUAAAUAUGAACGGUCCGAGAUUGAACAUAAGAUUCAAUGUUGUUCGGAAAAACUAGCAAUUAUAAAUAAAAAAGAUGAAAAGGAACUAGAAGAGUACGUUAAAAAUGUAUCGCUUGUACUGGCUCCAAACCAUUACUUGCUGCUAGAGGCUAAACAACGCCUGGCGGGUGUAUUAAGAGAUGCCAUCAACCGAGAACCUCGUCCAACCAAGAAGAUGAUGCGUCGUAAAAUAGAAUUGUGCAAAGAGUUGCUGCCAGUACUUGAGAAAAUAAGUCCAGGAAUAUGCAGGAUUAAAGCUAUAACACUAUACGAGCUUCAUUGUACGAUGGUACAAUUGGCUAAAAAGCUCUUUGAUGGUCGUGAAAUAAACGGAUCUGCUUAUUUGGAUGAAUUACAAAAUGCGGAGAAACAUUUAAAGAAAUCAAUCGAAAUGUUAUUGAUUGAACCUGGGAACUCACCUGAAGGAGAAUUAUGUUCAAAAGCGCUUGAAGAAUAUCGAGCGUUGAAAGCUGCUAUUACUGGGGUUUUGCUAGGAAUGCAAUCUGAAGAAAAAACUUACGCUAGCCAAACAGACAAGAUUUCUCCAACUUCUAAUGUAAAUUGA